CACAGCACCAGAGAACACACAAAGGAGAGAUGCCCUUCAAGUGCAGUGUGUGUGAGAAGGCAUUUUCAGAUUCAUCUUCUCUUAAACAACACCAGAGAACACACACAGGAGAGAAACCUUUUAAGUGCACUCUGUGUGGGAAGGCGUUUGCACAGUCAUCACAUCUUAAGAACCACCAGAGAAUACACACGGGAGAUAAACCCUUCAAGUGCAGUGUGUGUGAGAAGGCAUUUUCAAAUUCAUCUACUCUUAGAAUACAUCAGAGAACACACAGGAGAGAAACUCUGCAAGUGCAGUGUGUGUGAGAAGGCAUUUUCAGAUUCAUCUUCUCUUAAACAACACCAGAGAACACACACAGGAGAGAAACCUUUUAAGUGCACUCUGUGUGGGAAGGCGUUUGCACAGUCAUCACAUCUUAAGAACCACCAGAGAAUACACACGGGAGAUAAACCCUUCAAGUGCAGUGUGUGUGAGAAGGCAUUUUCAAAUUCAUCUACUCUUAGAAUACAUCAGAGAACACACACAGGAGAGAAACUCUGCAAGUGCAGUGUGUGUGAGAAGGCAUUUUCAGAUUCAUCUUCUCUUAAACAACACCAGAGAACACACACAGGAGAGAAACCUUUUAAGUGCACUCUGUGUGGGAAGGCGUUUGCACUGUCAUCACAUCUUAAGAACCACCAGAGAACACACACAGGAGAGAAACCUUUCAAGUGCACUGUGUGUGAGAAGGCGUUUGCAUGGUCAUGCCUUCUUAAAUCACACCAGAGAACACACACAGGAGAGAAACCUUUCAAGUGCACUGUGUGUGAGAAGGCGUUUUCACGGUCAUCCAUUCUUAAAUCACACCAGACAACACACACAGGAGAGAAACCUUUCAAGUGCACUGUGUGUGAGAAGGCGUUUGCACGGUCAUGCAUUCUUAAAUCACACCAGAGAACACACACAGGAGAGAAACCCUUCAAGUGCACUGUGUGUGGGAAGGCAUUUUUGUAUUCAUCUACUCUUAAACAACACCAGAGAACACACACUGGAAAGAAACCUUUCAACUGCACUGUGUGUGAAAAGGCAUUUUCAUUGUCAUCAUAUCUUCAGACCCACCAGAGAACACACACAGGAGAUAAACCCUUCAAGUGCAGUGUGUGUGGGAAGGCAUUUUUGUAUUCAUCUACUCUUAAACAACACCAGAGAACACACACUGGAAAGAAACCUUUCAACUGCACUGUGUGUGAGAAGGCAUUUUCAUUGUCAUCAUAUCUUCAGACCCACCAGAGAACACACACAGGAGAUAAACCCUUCAAGUGCAGUGUGUGUGGGAAGGCAUUUUUGUAUUCAUCUACUCUUAAACAACACCAGAGAACACACACAGGAGAGAAACCUUUUAAGUGCAUUCUGUGUGUGAAGGCGUAUGCAAAGUCAUCAAAUCUUCAGUCCCACCAGAGAAUACACACAGGAGAUAAACCCUUCAAGUGCAGUGUGUGUGAGAAGGCAUUUUCAGAUUCAUCUAAUCUUAGAAGACAUCAGACAACACACACAAGAACACACACAGGAGAGAAACCUUUUAAGUGCAGUGUGUGUAAAAAGGUGUUUGCACGGUCAUCCAUUCUUAAAUCACACCAGAGAACACACACAGGAGAGAAACCUUUUAAGUGCACUCUGUGUGGGAAGGCGUUUGCAUUGUCAUCAUAUCUUAAGAUCCACCAGAGAACACACACAGGAGAGAAACCUUUUAAGUGCACUCUGUGUGGGAAGGCGUUUGCACAGGCAUCACAUCUUAAGAUCCACCAGAGAAUACACACGGGAGAUAAACCCUUCAAGUGCAGUGUGUGUGAGAAGGCAUUUUCAAAUUCAUCUACUCUUAGAAUACAUCAGAGAACACACACAGGAGAGAAACUCUGCAAGUGCAGUGUGUGUGAGAAGGCAUUUUCAGAUUCAUCUUCUCUUAAACAACACCAGAGAACACACACAGGAGAGAAACCUUUUAAGUGCACUCUGUGUGGGAAGGCGUUUGCACAGUCAUCACAUCUUAAGAACCACCAGAGAAGACACACAGGAGAGAAACCUUUCAAGUGCACUGUGUGUGAGAAGGCAUUUUCAGAUUCAUCUACUCUUAGAAGACAUCAGACAACACACACAGUAGAGAAACUCUUCAAGUGCAGUGUUUGUGGGAAAGCGUUUGCACAUUCAUCAAAUCUUAAAAAACACCAGAGAACACACACAGGAGAGAAACCUUUUAAGUGCACUCUGUGUGGGAAGGCGUUUGCAAAGUCAUCAACUCUUCAGACCCACCAGAGAAUACACACAGGAGAUAAACCCUUCAAGUGCAGUGUGUGUGAGAAGGCGUUUUCAGAUUCAUCUGCUCUUCGACAACACCAGAGAACACACACAGGAGAUAACCCCUUCAAGUGCAGUGUGUGUGAGAAGGCGUUUUCAGAUUCAUCUGCUUUUCGACGACACCAGAGAACACACACAGGAGAGAAACUCUUCAAGUGCAGUGUUUGUGGGAAAGCGUUUGCACAGUCAUCAAAUCUUAAAAAACACCAGAGAACACACAAAACACACACAGGAGAGAAACCUUUUAAGUGCAGUGUGUGUAAAAAGGUGUUUGCACGGUCAUCCAUUCUUAAAUCACACCAGAGAACACACACAGGAGAGAAACCUUUUAAGUGCACUCUGUGUGAGAAGGCAUUUGCAAUGUCAUCAAAUCUUAAGAUCCACCAGAGAACACACACAGGAGAGAAACCUUUUAAGUGCACUCUGUGUGGGAAGGCGUUUGCACAGUCAUCAACUCUUCAGACCCACCAGAGAACACACACAGGAGAGAAACCUUUUAAGUGCAGUGUGUGUAAAAAGGUGUUUGCACGGUCAUCCAUUCUUAAAUCACACCAGAGAACACACACAGGAGAGAAACCUUUUAAGUGCACUCUGUGUGAGAAGGCAUUUGCAAUGUCAUCAAAUCUUAAGAUCCACCAGAGAACACACACAGGAGAGAAACCUUUUAAGUGCACUCUGUGUGGGAAGGCGUUUGCAAUGUCAUCAAAUCUUAAGACCCACCAGAGAACACACACAGGAGAUAAGCCCUUCAAGUGCAGUGUGUGUGGGAAGGCAUUUUUUUAUUCAUCUACUCUUAAACAACACCAGAGAACACACACAGGAAAGAAACCUUUCAAGUGCACUGUGUGUGAGAAGGCGUUUGCACAGUCACCACAUCUUCAAAGACACCAGAGAACACACACAGGAGAGAAACCCUUCAAGUGCACUGUGUGUGGGAAGGCGUUUACACAGUCAUCACAUCUUAAAAGACACCAGAGAACACACACAGGAGAGAAACCCUUCAAGUGCACUGUGUGUGAGAAGGCAUUUUCAUGGUCAUCAUAUCUUCAGACCCACCAGAGAACACACACAGGAGAUAAGCCCUUCAAGUGCAGUGUGUGUGGGAAGGCAUUUUCAGAUUCAUCUACUCUUAGAAGACAUCAGAGAACACACACAGGAGAGAAACUCUGCAAGUGCAGUGUGUGUGAGAAGGCAUUUUCAGAUUCAUCUUCUCUUAAACAACACCAGAGAACACACACAGGAGAGAAACCUUUUAAGUGCACUCUGUGUGGGAAGGCAUUUGCAAAGUCAUCAAAUCUUCAGACCCAUCAGAUAAUACACACAGGAGAUCAACCCUUCAAGUGCAGUGUGUGUGGGAAGGCAUUUUUGUAUUCAUCCACUCUUAAACAACACCAGAGAACACACACGGGAGAGCAACCUUUUAAGUGCACUCUGUGUGGGAAGGCGUUUGCAAAGUCAUCAAAUCUUCAGACCCAUCAGAGAAUACACACAGGAGAUAAACCCUUCAAGUGCCGUGUGUGUGGGAAGGUAUUUUCAGAUUCAUCUACUCUUAAACAACACCAGAGAACACACACAGGAAAGAAACCUUUCAAGUGCACUGUGUGUGAGAAGGUGUUUUCAAAGUCAUCAAAUCUUAAAAAACACCAGAGAACACACACACAUCAGAAAAUCCACAAGAAGUGUAAUCUGAAAUCAGCUUGUGAAAGUCAAAGUGCUGCAAUGACCCCAUUGUUCAUGAAACAAGAACCAGAAGACAACCCCAGCCUGGACACUUUGAAAGGUAUCAAGGUAAAAUAUGAAGAGGCGAAGGUGAAAUGUGAAGAAGUAACAGUGAAGAGCGUAGAAGUGAAGGUUAAAUUUGAAGAUUCAACUCCAAAAUCGGACCUUCACAUAGAUGGAGGCAGUGUGAAGCAGGAACUAAAUUCUGGCUGUGAGGCAGAGCGAGGCAACUUCCAGGAGUUUGUGGAUGUGGAGGUGUGGGUGGACUUCUUAGACAAUACAAAGUCAAAUGGAGACCAGGUAGAUGUGCAAGCUUAAGACAAUUAAGCACCAAUGGAUGCAUCUUUGUCACAUGCCUUUCUAAUGAAUAUAAUAUGAAGUUGAACACUCAAUUUCUCGGUUCAAACUGCAGUGUAAGAAUGGCCAGUAUUUGUGAACCUGUGGGUUGGGGCGAUCUCUAACCAGGAGUGACUCAAGUGUUUUGUAUCAUAUCUCAUCUUAGACACUCGAUGGGUGCCCAUAAUGGGCAUCUGUCCCUGUGUGCCACAAGGUGACCGUUCACUGGCCUGCAUGUGGAUAGGAUUUUGUAAGUCGGGGGCGAUGAUUGAUAUGCCAGUCGUAUUUGAACCUUGAACCUCUGCAACAAAUAGAGAAUGUACUACUACUUGGCUUCCCUCUAUAAGAGUGCUGCACAUAUAGGCCUAAUCUCGUCAGAGAUCAACUUGUAAAUACAUUGUAACGUGAUGCAGUACAUUUCAUUUUUUGAUUAUUUUAAAUCAUAAUUGAAAGAAACUUGUCUGUUUUUGUACGUACAUGCAACAUUUUGUGUAUUAAUGUCAAACAUGGAAUAUGUGAUGUCCGGACAAAGUAUCUGUUUUGGUGGUAACCUGUACAAAAACUCACGUGAGAGCUGUUAUUUUUGUGAUAGGGGUCAAAUGGUAUUUUUGUGAAUCAGGACGCAUCUGACUCUGGGGCAACUCAUUGUCUUUGAAAUCGGAAGCAUAGUCGGAUCAUUCAUCUAACAUUUAAGACAAAUUUUUUGUCUGUCUGUCUCUCUGUCCGUCCGUCUGUCCGUCUGCAUACGCUCGCGGGGGAUAUGGCUCUCGGACCGUGGGGUUUGUCGAGACAGUUUUUUUGCCGGGAGGCACGCCCCGAGCCCCGCGGUGGGAAUAGGCAUUUCUGUUUUUCGUCCCUAAACUUUAAAGCGAUUUAAUGAUCGAUUUAGUGCGAUUUAUCUUUAUUUAUUUAUUUAGCACGCCGUUGCGCGAGACGCUGACCGAGGGUUGCCCUUGGCAACGGGCAGCGCGCCGUCACUGCAGGGUGGACGCCAUUUCUCACUCGCGUUAAAAAUAUGCGCACACAUUUACACGCCACGCUGAGGUAAAUACAUCAAAGUUUCACGUCCUCGUCUCUCCCCCCACCCCAAUGUGUGCAAUUACUAUUAUAGGGUCGGUAGAUAAUAUUAUAGAGAUUAGACAGUAUUAUUCUAGCGCGGGGGCGGGGGGGGGGCGGUGGUGGUAGCGGCCCAGCCCCCAGCCUCGCCCGGCUGGGCAAUCUAGGCGAGGCCGGAGGCUCUGCACGGGACUAGGCCUCGACACCCCAUUCUUGUUAGAGUCGAUAUACCCAGCGUUGCCCGGGGGAAAAAUACAUUUAAAAACUUCUGAAAACUUUAAAACAUAACAUAGCAAUGAAAAUAAAACUCAGUAAAUUAAAAUAAACCCGAGCGCGCCACGAAUCGAUUCUUAAAAUAGACUGUACAAAUAGUUAUUAAGCUGGGUGAGUGUACUGACAGUCUAUGAUGUAGACUGUAGCCUGGUUAAGCUGGGUGAGUGUACUGGCAGUCAGUAAUGUAGACUGUACAAAUUGUUAUUAAGCUGGGUGAGUGUACCUGCAGACUGUAGCCUGGUUAUUAAGUAAAGUAGCAGGUACCACCACAGUCAGUAUGCACUGCUGUAAUCAUAGCAGGUACCACCACAGCAGUAUGCACUGCUGUAAUCAUAGCAGGUACCACCACAGCAGUAUGCACUGCUGUAAUAGCAGGUACCACCACCACUGUAUGUACUGCUGUCAUCAUAGCAGGUACCACCACAACAGUAUGUACUGCUGUCAUAGCAGGUACCAUCACAGUAUGUGCUGCUGUCAUCAUUGCAGGUACCAGCACAGUAUGUACUGCUGUCAUCAGAGCAGGUAACACCACAGUCAGUAUGCACUGCUGUAAUCAUAGCAGGAACCACCACAGUCACUAUGCACUGCUGUAAUAGCAGGU